CGGUAACGCUGCCCACUGGCUGGUUGACUUCUGCCGUUCGCGUAAAUGAGCCUGCUGCUGCCUAUCCGAAGGAGCGCUCUCCAUUUGCAGCUGUUUACACCUCGGCGUGCUGUUGUCGUUCAGGCACAUGCGUUAUCUUCUCAGCGUUCACGACAGAAUUCAACCUUUCGCCCGACUAACAUAGCUGAGCUGCUAAGAUCAGCUAACCCACUUUCAACUACUCCACCACGGGGACCAUCAGAUAGUGAGACAUUCACGGUUCAUGGCUAUGUUCGGUCCGUGAGGAAGCAGAAGCGCAUUGCCUUCGCAGUCAUCGGCGAUGGUUCCACUCUACAGACAGUUCAGGCUGUAUUGUCACCUCAGCUAGCAGAAGACCUCUCGACUGGUGCUGCCGUGACCGUGACUGGAAAAUGGAAACCAUCACCGGGUGGGAAGCAAUCGCACGAACUUCAGGUCGAGGACAUUCGUGUGCUGGGAGCUAAUGAUGCUGCGACCUCUCCGAUCCAGAAGAAAUAUCAGUCGGCAGAGUAUCUUCGCACCAUUCCCCACCUGCGACCUCGUCUGCCCCUCAAUGCUCUACUCUUACGGUUGAGGUCUCUCGUCACCGCACAAGUAACGAGCUACUUUGCCAAGAACGACUUCAUACAGUGUCAUCCCCCCAUCAUCACAUCGUCCGACUGCGAGGGAGCGGGAGAAGUCUUCACGAUCGAGCCUGCGACAGCUGAAGCAACAUCAGGACCUAUACCUGGCUUGUCUGAUCAGCCAAAGAAACUGCCUGAGCCGUUCUUCGGCUCCCCCAAGUACCUGACAGUCUCCAGUCAACUCCAUCUCGAGGCGCUGGCACAGUCUGUCGACAAAGUAUGGACGCUAUCACCGACCUUUCGCGCCGAGAAAAGUGACACAGCCCGUCAUCUCAGCGAGUUCUACAUGUUAGAGGCUGAAGUCGCCUUUGUUGAUGAUCUCAAGGACGUCAUGGACGUGGUAGAGAAUAUGCUGCGCUCUGUUGCAACCGAACUCCAGGCUUCACGUGUAGGCCAAGAGCUACUCGAGGCUCGGGCACGGGACCAAAGUGAGGAGGGCACAUCCGUGUCGCACGAUGCACUCGCGCAACGAUGGCAGGGACUGAUCGACGGACCAUGGCCGCGUAUCAAAUACGCUGAGGCGAUACAACACCUUAAGGACGCUACAACACAAGGAAAAGCACAAUUCGAAUUCUCGCCUGAACAUGAAGAUGGUCUUCAGACCGAGCACGAGCGUUAUCUCGCUGAGCACUUCGGCAAACGCGGUCCCAUCUUCGUCACAGACUACCCUCGUCAGAUGAAGCCGUUCUACAUGCUGCCAUCAAGUCCGUCCGGAUCAGACACAGUCGCAUGCUUCGACCUCCUCGUCCCUGAGAUCUGCGAGUUAGUAGGCGGGUCAAUGCGUGAGCACCGACAUCCAGAACUUCAACAAUCCAUGGUGGAUCACGGUUUGCGCCUAGCAUCUGACAGCAGUACCGAGGCGUCAGGCGGGUCCAUGCAGUGGUAUCUGGACCUGAGACGGUACGGCAGUGUACCGCAUGGAGGAUUUGGUCUAGGCUUCGACCGCCUGAUCUGCUACCUAUCCGGGGUGCAGAACAUUAGGGACGUCGUUGCGUUCCCGAGAUACUAUAAGAAAGCUUUGAGUGUGGUUCGAGCGGUCGCCAAAUCUGCUCGUGUAUCUGGUUGGGGUCGCAAUUCGUUCGUAAUUCCAAUAUUAUCAUAUGGUUAUCAGAUCCUCAUGAAAUCGAACGCUGACAGCAACAUUACCCUCACAACACGUCUCAGAAUUCUGCAAACGCUGCAGGACGUCUUUAGCAGCUUCACAGACAGCGCAGUAGCAUCUUCAAGCAAACGAACUUCCCAGCGCGUAGGUUUAUGCUCGAUGAGGUGUAAUGUUGCGGGCGGAGAUGAUCUCUUGUCUUAUCAGAUCCUUUUGCCCAAUCAAAACAAUUGUUCCCCUCACUCUCGGGCGGUCACUCCUCCGAAAGCUAUCGCUGGCGAUGAUUUCAGUGACGCCGCACGGCCCCCAAGAUCUCAUUUGCAACCAAAAGCGCCCAGCCCUCCCCAUUCCUGCGCGACCGAUCCAGCUGCACUCCGCCAUCUCCAUCUCGUCAUAUCAGUCGCCAAACUGGCAUCCACCGUCGUCACGCCCGGCCAGAUCAUGGGUGGCCAUGACCGGCCAGCAGUGCCCGUUGAAGAAGCAGAGCAUGACUAUGAAGCGCUCCCACCAAAUUUCUCGCUCGGCGCGAACAUGCUGGCAGGCGCGUUCGCAGGUAUUGCUGAACACUCGGUGAUGUACCCCGUCGACAUGCUCAAGACGAGGAUGCAAGUCAUCAACCCCGGGCCCACCGCGACAUACCAGAGCUCUAUCGCCAAUGCCCUUGUAACCGUCUCGAGGGUAGAGGGCUUCAGAUCACUGUGGAGGGGCCUGUCCAGUGUUGUUCUCGGCGCUGGACCCGCGCACGCCGUAUACUUUGCGUCUUACGAGGCUACAAAACACGCUCUUGGUGGAAACGAGGGAGAGAGCCAUGAGCAUCACCCUCUUGCUGCAGCUGCCAGCGGUGCUGCGGCCACCAUAACCAGCGAUGCACUAAUGAACCCCUUCGAUGUCAUCAAACAGCGCAUGCAAUUGCACGGUUCGGUCUACACUUCAGUCAGUCACUGUGCCCGGGAUGUCUUCCGCAAGGAAGGCAUUGGCGCAUUCUACGUCUCGUACCCCACCACACUGUGCAUGACAGUGCCCUUCACGGCGCUGCAAUUCAUGUCGUAUGAAUCGAUAUCGAAGGUCAUGAACCCCACUGGCCGCUACGACCCGUACACGCAUUGCUUUGCCGGAGGGCUGGCUGGUGGUUUUGCUGCGGCGCUUACUACGCCUCUGGACGUCAUCAAGACGCUCUUGCAGACACGAGGAAGCGCUCGCGACGCCGAGCUGAGGACUGUGUCUGGUCUGUUCCAGGCCGCUAAGAUCAUCCACCAGAGGGAAGGCUACAAGGGCUACUUCCGUGGGUUGAAGCCCAGAAUUAUUACCACAAUGCCCAGCACUGCGAUCUGCUGGUCUGCAUACGAGAUGGCAAAGGCGUUCUUCAUUGCUCGCAGCACAAACCCAAACACCGCCUUAUAACGACAACCUCUCAACAAAAGCCAUGCGCUCAAUUCACUAGCGUAUGUCUCCAUGAUGCGACAUACACCACUCCAGCAGUAGAAGGGAUUUCGAUAUUUUCGGCAUAGAGCAGGCUACAAGAGCCACACCGUGCGAGCUCUCUAGGCAAGCGUAACGGUCUUCACGCUUCGUUGUAUAGUCAUAGAAGCUUUCCUGGCUUUGAUAUCUGGAAGGACCAUAUGGCGGCGUACAGGAUUUUUGACGCUUUUUCUCUUGAGCGUUAUGCAGUCAGCGCAGAUAUGUUUGUACCAUAUGGGAAAUGUAGCAUCGGCGUCUUUCGUCAACUGGCAUCGUCGACUCGCUCUAUCAGUUUUUGGGCGCGAAGAAAAGAGAAGCAUAAUCGAUAGUGGCCCUAGUAUAGAUCCGAACGCGACCCGCACAUGCCCUGUC